UUGUGGUUCGCCUAAUCAUAGGAAGAAUGUACCAAGGAAGAGGAACGGAAGACUGCACUCAAGUUGCCGUUCUUGACAACGUGAUUUGCAAAGAUGGCAUUGGGAGACGAAGUUGCGCUGAGCUCAGAUCCCCCGUCAGAGGAGGAAGCUGAACUUGUUGAUCCCCAGGACACUCUGAAGGCAUCAUGUUCGGGUGGCUGUGAGCAGUACCGGGCUGUCCUCGAGAAGUGUAACGACCGUGUCAACAGUCGCUCCAACACAGCAGAGAUGUGUGUCGAGGAACUCUUCGACUUCGUCCACUGUGUCGACAGCUGUGUUUCUAAGGAAUUAUUCAAACAUCUGAAAUAAAGAAGAUUUUUAGUUUUUUUACUAAUUAUUUAGGAACGUGUAUAGUUAACAUGAUUGUGAAACUAAUAGGCAUUUCAGAAAGGAAACAUUUUAAGUUUGACAGAUACUUUUUUUUUUAACAAGUUGGACUACCAAUUGUAAAGUGUUUUAUUCAUUGUCAACCAGUGUUGAUCUGGUCAGGGUGUAUGUGCUGUACUUUCAAAAAGCAGCAUCUGAACAACAUAGUAAUAAAACAAUUGUGUCACA